AUCACCGACGCAGACGGUCACUCCGGCUGGGGAGAGGCUUCUCUCGAAGGCCACACCAAUGCUGUAGAAGGUUGUCUGGAUGCCUGGUUCAAGAGGUACCAGGGGCUUGAAGCAGAUGACAUUGAAACCAUCUGGCAAAUGUCCUGGCGGACGAGCUUUUACCGUGGGGGUCCAGUGUUCAUGAGUGCCCUGUCGGGAAUUGAUAUAGCGCUAUGGGACUUGAAAGCUCGGAAACUCGGUGUGCCCAUCUAUCAGCUUCUCGGCGGAAAAGCGAGGAGAAAGAGUCGCGUAUACGCGUGGAUUGGAGGUGACAGACCUGCCGAUGUUGAAGAGCAAGCGCAAGCACGUAAAACUCAAGGUUUCAAGACUGUGAAGAUGAACAGGACUGGAGACACGUGCUGGCUAGAUUCUCCUUCAAUCGUUCACGAUGUCGUGGAGCGAGUCAAAUCUGACAAGUCCACUGGAAUGGAUGUCGCAAUCGACUUUCAUGGUCGAGUGCAUAAACCCAUGGCGAAGCAGCUUACCAAAGCACUCGAACCUCUUCAUCCCUUCUUCAUUGAAGAGCCCCUACUUUCAGAAAACAUCGGGGCUAUUGAGCAGUUGUCCCACCUGACGGCUGUUCCCUUGGCCCUUGGCGAGCGGUUGCACAGUCGCUGGGAUGUACGCCCUUUUCUGGAAGCCGGCUGUCUCGACCUAUUGCAGCCGGACAUCUGCCAUAUCGGGGGCAUAUCCGAGAUGAAGCGCGUGGCAGCCAUGUGCGAAGUCUACGAUGUGGCAUUGGCCCCUCAUUGUCCUCUUGGGCCCAUCGCAUUGGCUGCCAAUAUCCAGGUGGAUGCAACGACUUCCAACUUUGCCAUUCAAGAAAUGAGUUUAGGCAUGUAUUACAAUAGUACUGGUCAAGACAUCACAUCUUACUUCCACAACCCCCAGAUCUGGAAGGUUGAGGAUGGACACAUCGAGCUGCCAAGGCCAGGCGGGCAAGGAACACCCCGACGUGCAGGAGGUAGAAGAAGAGUAAUGCCCGAUGAAAUGACAAAGGCAGUUGAUUUUUGGUACUCAGAACUGAUGAGAAACGCAAGGGGUAAAUGA